AUGGAGAAGGGUCCAGAGCCUCCCCAGUCAAUGGCAGCGCCGCCAUACCCUGGCCCACCUAUAGACCAAAGCUACCAAGUUCAGCCUGUCAUUCAACCUGUUCAACAGCCUGUUUACCACUACAGCCCACAACAACCUCAAAUCUUACAACCUGUGACCCAGGUGGUGAUGGUGCAGCAGAUGCCAACCGAAACUCCUGCACAGAUGAAUUGUCCCCACUGCCAAAACACUGUUGUCACUAAAAUCGAGUACAGAAAUGGCACGCUGACCUGGGUGAUCUUUGGUGUACUAGGAAUCAUAGGAUGCUGGCCUUGCUGUUUAAUCCCAUUCUGCGUGGAUUCUUGCAAAGAUGUGGAGCAUUCCUGCCCCUCCUGCAACAAUGUCCUCCACGUCCAUAAACGCAGGUGA